GUUCUCUUCACGAAACUUAGCCCAACUAGUGGUUUUCUCCCAUCUAUAACUAUAACUUCUUUAAAAAGUUUUAAGUCGUUUUCCCUCAAUAACUAAAUAACGGAACACCUGCCAAAAUCCGUUAACUUUGCAGAGGAUUUUUGCCCAGCGGGAAACCGUCCAAAAGCCUCAGACCCACUGGUGUCAUUCUCGAUAUAAGGGAUCGUAGCAGUAUUUUGGUUACAAAAAAGGCCUGUGCUAUCUCUGAGAUGUCUGUGUAUCAGCCUAGCUUUUAUUGUGAGGAGUUAGAUAUGCAGAAGGUACCAAAUGGACUGGAUUACACAUCAUUAGAUUUUGGUGAAGAUACUUCCUUCCUUUGGGACGGUAAAGACCUUGCAGGAUCACAAAAUCUUUUAAGGAAUAUGAGAGGAUUUCGUAAAGAGCACCACUUAUUAAACACAAAGGGUGCACAGCAAAUGUCGGACAUUUCUGACCUUGAGAAUGUCAUACCUUACUCAGAGUCAUCUUAUUGGAAUCCAUACAAAAUGACUGAUAUCACAGAACAUAUACAGAGUGUGCCUUUAUCAAAUCCAUUGGAAUCUGAAGUACUGCCUCAGUCCUACCAAUCACUACAGCCUGUGUGUCCUCAGGAUCUACAGAAUGUAAAUGGACGUACAGACUAUAACAUCAGUGAACUGACCUGUCCUACUGGUAGGGUACGAUCUAGUCACAGAGCAACCUUAAUGCCUACAGACUAUUUCCUCCCACAGCAGCUAGAGCCUGGACUUGACACCUGCAGAGACAUCAUGCAACCAGCAGAACAGAUAUUCGGAGAAAAUGACUUCCACCACGCUCCAUAUGAGUACGAGCCCAGAGAGAAGGUGAGGCAGUGGUAUGAUGGCUACUUUUCGUGUGACUCGGGUAUUGAUGGAUGCACACUCGACAACUUCUACUCACUUAACAAAGAGAGGAAUUGUGUUAAAGCACACGGAACCAGUUCCACUGAAAAGAGCAAGGCUUUCAUUAACAGCAGUGGCAACUUGACUGCCGCUUAUACAGGUACUGGUCCCAUCCAACUGUGGCAGUUUCUUUUGGAGCUUUUACUUGAUAAAACAUGCCAAUCUUUCAUCAGCUGGACAGGGAAUGGUUGGGAAUUUAAACUGUCAGAUCCCAAUGAGGUGGCAAAACACUGGGGAAGGCGCAAAAAUAAACCCAAGAUGAACUAUGAGAAGCUUAGCCGUGCCCUGAGGUAUUACUAUCACAAGAACAUCAUUCACAAGACAGGAGGCAAACGCUAUGUCUACCGCUUUGUAUGCGAUGUGCAAAAUCUUUUAGGAAAAACAGCAGAAGAGCUACAUUUAGCCAUGAACAUUAAACCUCAGGAAAAGCAGUGAUUGUUUCUGUACUGGAAAUAGUGAGUGAAGGAACACAUUGCACAUGUGAGGAAAGGAUGGUACAGAAACAUAGUGAACUAGCAGUGUCUGUAUGUGGCACCAUGCAUUUCAUGAAGAACAUGCCAGACUGUGUAGAACCUGCAGACAAAAACAGUAAACUCAGGGACCUUCACAUGGAACCAAUAGCGCUUGCAGCAGUGAACAGUCAUAGAACGGAAGGGGACUUUCAGACUGUACUGCACAUCUGGUACUUGAGAAGGGCAGUUCUUCUUAGGUUUAUCUGGUCAGACUUUCGAGUCUAAAGAGAACACAAAACCCCAGUCUGAUACUGGGAGGAAAGACAAAUGUGUUCAUCUGCCUGUUAGACAGAAAUCAUUUGGUCAGAUAAUCUAACAUGGAGUAAUUUUUUUUUUUUUUUUUUUUUCAUGGGCCUACCACGUUCUAACGGGCUUCUAUGUAUGUAUGUUGCAAUUAAGCACUGUAGUUUUUGAACCACUGCUAUGAAAACCCUGACACUUUCUUCUGCUCCAUAGUUUUUUAAGUAAGCACCUUGCUGCCCAAUACUUGUUCAAAAUACCCUCUGUCUUCACCAUCACAAUGUAUAUCACCUAUAGCAGUAAGUAUAUUCUGCCAUUCAGUAAAGUUAUUUCUUCAGUCUGAGUACAAACACUGUCAAAAAAUGUGAAAAUGCUUUGCAAGUCUAAAUUUUAAAAUAAUGUGUUGUGAGUUUGUUAUGUUUACAUACUAUAGGAUAAUUAACACUAGACCUCUUUUCCUUACCAAGAAUGCUCACAGCAGAGUUUUUUUACCUCCAUCUUGCAAUUCUUAUAUGUACUGUCUGAAAUAUCCACCACAUGCUCUAUGCUUUUCAGUCUGAUGCUUAAAUGUAGUUGUCAGUUGAUGCAUAGGGUUAAGGCUGUGAGCUGUGGUUCCUGAGGUACAGUCUCUGAUUCCCUCAGCCUUCAUUUACCUACUGUGUUUCCUUGCAUGUCACUUAACUAGGCAGUGCUUUGGGGCAAUUGGGAAUUUGGGCUGGACUCCUCACUGGUCUCCUGCACUGCAAGCCUAGUUAACUACCUAUGAUACCAUUUUAUACAAGUCCCACAUAUAAUAAUUUAGUUUAAUGCAUUCCUUUGCCCACAUUAUAUGCACUAAUAGCUUACCUUGUUACCUAAUUUAUAAAGCUAAAGUAUGUUGGAUAUGCUAAAUACUUAAUCUUGCACAAUUUUUGAUAAGUACACUUACGUUAUAUGCAGCAGCAAGUUAUUAUUACAUGCUCGGUCAUUGCCCACUGAUCACAUGGUUCCUGUGUUGCUGUGAUUCCUGAAAAGCAGUUAGAUGAUGUGUGUCAUAGAUUUUCAGCUGAAUCUAUUCACUAUAGUUCGCACCAAUUUGACUCCCUUGAUAGUUUAAUCAGAUGUCCUUCAUGCCCGGUUUACAGUCCCUCACUGGUAAUGUACAUGUAGUGAAGUUUGUUGAACAUUCUGUAGACAUAGCCCGUGAGAUAUCUGUCUGCUUAGCUGAGCCAAAUACUGUUUGUUCAGCCAUGUUAAAAGUCUUCUGCAACUUGUUAUGACUAGGGGGUUGUUAGUGCCAAAUCUAGAGGGUGUGGGAAACCCAUAUUACAGUAUACAUAUAAUAAAAUAAUGUAUAUGCUUUGAAAACUAGUUUGAAAUGAUAAAUGGAUUUUACAAAACUGAAUGUAAUGUUUAAAGGGAAGCUUAUGUCUUAAAGUUUCAGAGGGUACAAAUAUUAAACAAUAUGGGGUAGGGUAACCUUUGCCAGAUGUUGUCGAUUUCUGGCUGUGACCUGGAAAAAUAUCCCCUAAGGGUUUUAUACCACAGGUAUUAUACAUUAAAAUACAUUUUAGAAUGAUCAGGUUCUUUGUGUAAAGAAAGUUUUCUUCAAUACUUGUUUUAACCAUUAUGCACUGAUUUACAUGAAUACCUUAUCAACAGGUUAUAUUCAGAAUGGUAAAUGUACAAACCACAAUUGUUUUCUGUAUACUGUAUGCCUGUGACACAUCAGAUUUACAUUCUCAUUGAUAAGUCUUUGGCACGUUGCUUAAUAUCUGACUUUGAGAGCAGCAAGCACUAAUCUAACUUUUUUAUUAACUUCCAUUUUUUGGGGGGAGGAAUAUGUAGCCAUAUACUUUUGUACAUUACCUUGAAUUUUGUAAAUAAAGCCAAGAAAACAUGCUUUUUUAUGUACUGUACAUUGUUAUAUUCCAAAUAAAAUAAAUAUCAUUUAUUCUUAAAAAA